GGACGUCAUUAGUCACGUGAUUUUGAUAGAGCGAAUCAACCUUCAAUACAAAGCCUCACUGAAAAUUGUUUCAUUUUUUUGACACGCGCUUCCGAGCUUUGCUGUCACGGCUGUGUUAUGGAACUGGAUAAAAUGGACGAGAAUGACUGGAAAUAUCACGGAGAAGGGAACAAGAGCCUUGUGGUUUCUCAUGUUCAGCAUUCAAGUGUACUCCGGCUGCUGAAGUACCCCUCACAGGAUGCGGAGCACUCCCAGCAGACAACAGAACAGGCCUGUCGACACAUACACAGCAUCGUGGAUUUUAGUAAAAAUGUCAUGAAGCCAUUGCUCGGAGAGGCAUAUGUCCACAGUGGUGAAGUUGUUAAGCUACCAUUGGAUUUUGUGAGACAUCUGUCUCUAAAGGUUCAGCAAGAGAGACCAGAAUUGCGCUGUGACAAAGUUAUGGAUACGUUCAGUGGGUAUGCUUUGUGUCUACCGAAUCUCACUCAGCUCAAUGCCUGCCACUUUGGAGAUCACAGACUUCCUCUUUGUGUCGAAAUAAAGCCAAAAUGUGGAUUUCUUCCUUUUUCGGUGCACGUCAGCAAGGAAUGCAAACGCAGAGUGUGCCGGUUUUGCAUGCACCAACAUUAUAAGUUAGCCAAUGGGAAGUGGAAACGGCAGAGCCGGUACUGCCCCUUGGACCUCUUCUCAGGGAACAAACAGAGAAUGUAUAUUGCAGUCAAACACCUUCUUGAAGAACCGCAAAACAACUUUAAAAUCUUUAAGGGCGGAGAGCUGAUCUUCGGCUGUAAGGAUGCUGCGGAGCAGACGCCGGACAUGAGCGCGCUGGCUCAGCAGCUGAGGCCCUACUUCACCCACAAUGCAGGGCUCUACAAGGGCCACCUGUCAGCCAAGGCCGUGCUGAACGAGUUCAUCCAGGUGGUCAGCAGUGCACUGCUCAGCAGCUGGAGCUGCAGUCGCACCGCUGAACCCAAGAAGGUGCAUCCUGCUGACGCGCGGGGCUACUGCGAGGCCAGCCCUCUUCACCGGGACCUGCUCCGCAAUGGUAACAACAGCCUGUCAAAAGACUCAGUCCUCAGCAGAAUACUUCAAGUUCAGAUGCUGGAUAACCUGGACAUCGAAGGCAUUUAUCCUCUUUACAAGCGCGUGGAGCAGUAUCUGGAGGAGUUUCCCAAAGAAAGGAGUAGACUGCAGAUUGAUGGGCCGUAUAAUGACAGUUAUCUGGAGAAGGUGAAGAAUUGUCCUGCAGAAGACGAUGGAUCGAUAGAGUACGCCAUAGGAAAGGUUCAUCAGUACAGAGUUGCUAUGACAGCCAAAGACUGCUCCGUCAUGAUCACACUGGCCCCCUGUGGAGAGGAUCAAGUACUUGAGUCCACCCUGGAGAUCCAGCCUGCCAAGCCUCGCCUCACGUACUCCGUGUCCAUCCUGGACCUGGACCCCAAGCCCUAUGACGCCAUCCCCUACCAGCACAAGCUGGACUCUAAGAUAGUCAACUACUAUCUGCGGAGCACACACUCCAAACAGGACCGGAGCGCCUCACCCAGCCUCCUCAUGGAGCGGGAGGAGCGCACGCUGGUGUUCCAUCCCGUAUGAGCCCCACCCCUCUCAUCCAACCACAGCCCUCACGGAGCGGGAGGACCCCACCCCUCUCAUCCAACCACAGCCCUCACGGAGCGGGAGGACCCCAUCCCUCUCAUCCAACCACAGCCCUCACGGAGCGAGAGGACCCCAUCCCUCUCAUCCAACCACAGCUCCGCUCCACAUUGUGCUGCUUUUGGAAUUGAGCAAUGACAAAUGCAAAAUGAUUGAACAUAGGAACUUUUUUCUGUUUUGUCUGUCUUUGUGUGUUGAGGUGGAUUUGUAGUUGUUUAGUUUUCUCAUCUUGAGACGUAUCCCAUACUUUAUGAGCUGAAUGUCGGAGACGUGACGUGACGCUGUUUGCCUCCAGUGCGGUGGAAUGAUUCUGGUGUUUCUUGUGCACAUGUUGUGUGCGUGCGGGUUCCUUUUCUCUGCCUUGGGGGGCUGGCCUCCUUAAGCACAUAGCCUUGUGUGAAUGACACUGAGGGAGUCCACGGGUUGAAUGGUUUGAAAUAUAUUAUUUGGGUACUUGUCCUUUUGUGUUCACAGCUCUCUGUGGGUGGGAAACAUGUGCCAAAAGUGGGAGUGUCAGCAAUUCUAGCUGAGUGAAAUGGCUUCAAGUUGGUUCUUGUAGUUGUUGCUGGUAGUACUUGUAUCUUGGGAGGGGUGACGGUGACGGUGAGGCACCGGUGCUGGUAGUCAAACAUGUUGAGGGCUGCACUAGAGUGAGUCACCGGUGCUGGUAGUCAAACAUGCUGAGGGCUGCACUAGAGUGAGUCACCGGUGCUGGUAGUCAAACAUGUUGAGGGCUGCACUAGAGUGAGUCACCGGUGCUGGUAGUCAAACAUGUUGAGGGCUGCACUAGAGUGAGUCGCCGGUGCUGGUAGUCAAACAUGUUGAGGGCUGCACUAGAGUGAGGCGCCGGUGCUGGUAGUCAAACAUGUUGAGGGCUGCACUAGAGUGAAGUGCCGGUGCUGGUAGUCAAACAUGUUGAGGGCUGCACUAGAGUGAGGCGCCG